UAGCAACCAGAGUGAAAAUAAACGGUACCAGCGUGCAAGUUGGGUUGCAGAAAAUAAACAUUUACGUGUAGACUGUUGCUAAAAAAUAUUAUUGCUAUUGCUGAGUUGUUAGUAUUUGACAACAGAUAACAUUAUAUUUAGAUUUAAAAAAAAAAAAAAAAAUCAUGGGUCGGGAUUAUUACGGUGUUUUGGAAAUAACAAGGAACGCAAACGACGCAGAUAUAAAAAAGAGCUAUCGCAAACUUGCCUUGAAGUACCAUCCGAGCACAAACUUGGAACCGGGUGCUCUUGAAAAGUUCACCCAACUUGCCGAGGCCUAUGAUGUAUUAAGUGACCCUAGGAAGAAAGCUACUUAUGAUAAGUUUGGAGAAGAAGGGCUGAAGGGAGGCAUUCCUCCAGAGUUUGGAGGCAGUGGUGCCUGGACUAGCGCUUACACUUUCCACGGGAAUGCAGACAAGGUCUUCAGAGACUUUUUUGGAGGGGACAACCCAUUUUCAGAUUUCUACAAUACAGACGGUGGAGAGGUUAACAGUGGGUUUGGGGGCCUGCGAGGCCGGGGGAUGAAGAGAAGCGAUCCUCCAAUUGAACGGGACCUCUACCUGUCCCUGGAAGACUUGUUUUAUGGAUGCACAAAAAAGAUCAAAAUCUCAAGACGGGUUAUGAAUGAAGAUGGUCACACGUCAAGCAUUAGAGACAAGAUUCUAACUAUAGAUGUGAAACCAGGUUGGAAACAAGGAACCAAAAUCACAUUCCAAAAAGAAGGAGAUCAGGGACCAAACAACAUUCCAGCCGACAUUGUGUUUGUUGUGAAAGAGAAACAGCAUCCCCGUUUCCUAAGACAUCAGAAUGAUCUUAUCUACACAUCCAACGUCGACCUGGGAAAAGCUUUGAUUGGAUUUUCUGUGGAGGUUGAGACACUGGAUGGCAGGCUCCUCAACAUCCCCAUCAAUUACAUUGUCCAUCCCAGGUACAAUAAAGUGGUCCCUGGUGAAGGAAUGCCUUUAUCCAUGGACCCAACUCAGAAAGGAGAUCUCAUUAUUCAAUUUGAAAUUCACUUCCCAGAAAAACUCUCUCCGGAAAGGAAGCAGCUGAUACAACAAGCACUCCUGGCUUAAACAGGGAACUAGAGGAAAUGUGUUGGAGACAUUACCAAAGCUACAGCAUAAAAAACAUGUGUUUCAAUAUUAAGAGGCCUGUACAAAUAAAUGUGAUCAAAUACCAA